UCCCCAGCAGGGCCACGUUGCCGGGAGCAGUAGAGCUGGAGAAAGGCCGAGGGAAGAUGUAUCGGGGUGGGGAGCGGGAUUUCCAGACGUCGGCGCGGAGGAUGGGCACCUCCCUGCUGUUCCAGCUGUCCGUGCACGAGCGCGAGCUGGACCUGGUCUUCCUGGAUCACAGCUAUGCCAAGCCCUGGAGCGCCCACCCCGAUGCCAGCAGCGCCCGGCCCACACGCAUGCUGUUCGUCACGCCACGGCGGCAGCAGGAUUCCUCCGGAGAGACGGAAAUGUCUAUCGACGUGGAAACGGUGACCGCGACGCCGAUGCCUCUGUAUGACGAUCAGAAGGCGAGGAGCGUGAUGAACGAGUGUGAACGUCACGUGGUCUUCGCACGGACUGAUGCGGACGCACCCCCACCGCCCGACGACUGGGAGGAGCAAGUCAACAAGGCUGGCUGGUCCAUGGCCCAGAACAAGCUGUUUAACAAGGUGAUGAAGGCAUUGCUGGCUGAGCGGCAGGCAAGACUAGCCAACGAGAAGGCGCUGAACGAGCCGGUGCUGCGCCGCAUCGCGGUGGAUAAGUGCGCCCGGAAGGUGCGCCACGCCCUGGCCAGCGUCAGCUGGGACACCAAGCUCACCCAGUGGCUGCACUGCACCCUGGUGGAUUCGCUCAGCCUGCCCAUGCUGGCAGCCUAUCUGGACGUGCUGCAGACGCUCAAGAGCAAGGUUCCCACGAUGAUUGAGAGGAUGCUGCUGUCCUCGUCUGUGAAGGGUGGCGCGGCGGGGGCUGAGGCGCUCUCCCUCCUGCUCAAGAGACCCUGGGACCCGGCCGUGGGGGUCCUCUCUCACAACAAGCCGAGCAAGCUCCCAGGGUCCCCCCUAAUCCUGAUCGCUCCCUCCGGGCCGACCAGUCAAGUCUUCCCCACCUCACGCCGUCUCCGUUUCUGGCAGUCGCAGCUCUCUUGCCUGGGGAAGGUUAUCCCUGUGUCCACACACCUUGUAAAUAACGGAGCCAAUGUUGGGAUCACCCAGUGUCUGGAGCACAUGAUCGGAGCAGUGAGGGGAAAGGUUCUAGAGGUGCACAGCCACUUCCCACACAAGCCUAUCAUUCUGGUUGGCUGGAAUGUCGGAGCCCUCAUCGCCUGUCAUGUAGCAGUAAUGGAGUUUGUGACUGCAGUGAUCUGCCUCGGCUUCCCUCUCUUCACCAUCUCCGGGCCCAGAGGGGAUGUGGACGACCCCCUGCUGGACUUGAAGACCCCAGUGCUGUUUGUGAUUGGUCAGAACGCCCUGCAAUGCGGCGUGGAGACCAUGGAGGAGUUCAGAGAGAAGAUCCGGGGAGACAACAGCAUGGUGGUGGUGGGGGGAGCCGAUGACAACCUCCGGAUCAGCACAGCAAAGAUGAAGUCUGAAGGGCUGACGCAGAGCAUGGUGGACCGCUGCAUUCAGGACGAGAUUGCGGAUUUCCUGACGGGAGUUCUGACCCGCGCUGAGAGCCAUGCUGCGGCCGACCCCCGCGACCUCGACACAGAGAAGAAGAAGAAGCAGCGUGACUCGCGGAGGGAGCUGCCGUUCGAGCUGGAGAAGAGCAGGCCUGCCUCCCCGGCCACACGGCUGCCCAUCUCCCCCUCCGAGUCGGAGGAUUUGUCAAGUGUUUCCAGCAGUCCGGCCUCCAGCCCAAAGACUAAAACGUCAGCUCUGUCUCCGGCUCAGAAAUCCAGCCUGAUCACAGCUACCCAGCUGCUGAAAACACACAUGCAGAGAUCAGGAGCCGUGCUUACGCACAAACAAGCACAAGCUCAGUUCGCUGCUUUUCUGAAACAAAACAUGCUGGUGAGGAAGGCAGCUCCUCCUGGCAGCCCCUCCUGUCUCUUUGUGCCUGUGUCCACCGGGCAGGCUGAAGGGCUGGACAAAGAGGACAGAGCGCAACUGAAGAGACAGACCUCCCUCCCCACGCCGGCCAAGUCCCCCAAGAGAGCCAAAAUCAAAGUGACCAUCCUGUCACACGGGGAGAACGCAGGGAGCGCCAUGGCUGUGCAGGACGGAGGCGCAGGGGGGAAGCCUUUGACUGUGACAGUGGGGCAAUCUGUUGCCGGGGCCAAGGAGCUGUCAGGGCUUCUUACAGGACAGAGAUCUGCUAGUGUGUCUGAAGCCUCAGGUGGUGGAGUGGUGGCCCCCAGCUCCUUCCACAGCCAGCAGAGCCGCCCGGGGCCCGGCUCCCCCCGCCCUGCUGCAGCCACACAAGGCACCCCCUCUGCUAGCAGCUUGCUCCAGGGCUUGAGUUUCAGCAUCCAGGAAAUUGUCACCCGGUCUCCCAGCUUGCCCUCCACAGCAGCCAGUGCAGGGACCAGCACUCAGGUAACCUACACCUGGAACAGACCCACCGCCACACAGGCUCCCGGAAUGAAGACGCAGGGCCAGGUUCUGGGCACCUUCACCACGGGGAGUGGCACACUGGUCAGGACCCUUCCUGUGGUCACCAGCGGGGGAGCGGGCACCGGCAAAACCACCGCCAUCCACCAGCUCCUGGGCAACGGAGGGCUGGCCAAGCUCGCCAGUAGCCUGCCGGGACUGGCACACAUCUCCAGCCAGAGUGGCGGGCUGAAGGCACCGACCACCAUAACUGUAACCCUGCGAGGGCAGCCAAGCAGAGUGACCACCUUCAGCCAGUCUGCAGCUGGCACGAUGCUGCCAGGACCCAGCGAUAUACAGAGCCCUGACCCAGUGCUGGGGAAUGUCGUCGCCCAGGCCGCCACUGCCAACACGCCCCCCGCCAAGACCCUCCCGCAGCUGGACCUCGGCAAAGUGCCCGGCGGUGCAGAUGGUGAGAAAGGUCCAGUCCUGCCAGCUGCCACGUCUCCACCCAUAGGUGAGGCAACUCGGACGCUGCUGCAGCUGCUACUGCACUGCACGCUCCUGUCCUGCAGUGCUCCAGACAGGGGGGACACGCGCACAGAGCUGCCCACCAGGCGCAAAGUGUGUUCAGCCUGUGUUAGCUGCUUCUUUCUUAACUAGAUAUAAACGUUUUUGGAAUUGUUAAAUUUAGAGCUUUCACAUGCACCUUCACUUCAGCAGCUUUUUAUCUCCAUGUAUAUCUCAGAGGCUCCUUUAUUACCCCUAAUUCUAGAGUUACUGCUCUCUCCCACCUUGACUGGAAAGCUACUUGUAUGUAUGCCUGCUGGCUCCUGUUUCUCAGAAGAUUCUUGAAGGGUCCUGCCCGUGUUUCUCUGUGGCAGCGAUUUGUAUUUUACACACAAACCUGCUUUUACACUUGCUGUAUCAUUAUUCUUUCUAAAGCAGACCCUGGGAGGAGGAUGAUGGUAAUUUAUUACCCAUGGAUUAACUCCUUAAUCUCCAAACCUGUUGACAUGUUGCUGUUCAGAAACAGGCCACAACAAUAGAAUCAAAUAGGCAAAGCUUACUGCAUCUGCCUUCUAGGUUUCUUCAAAUUACUUUAGUUACAAUAUUGCAAGAAAAGGACCAGAAGGGGGUUCGCUUUCCAUUGCCUCAUCACAAGUCAACAGCAGACUUAGCCUUUCAAUAAAGCUAUAGACCAGAGUUAUAGAAGCGGUUUGACUUUUCUGUAGGCUUCAAAAUUGUUCAUGCUGUGGUCCCUUGUUUCAGUAGCAUGUCUGUUGUUCACCCUGCCUUGGUUAUUGGAGAGUACCAAAUUGAAAACAGUACUCUCUAGUUGGGGCAUUUGGCCACAUCAGUCAUCCAGUUCAUGUGUGACCAUUUCAAUUCAUCUUCACAAACCAUUCCAUUAGAGACGCCCGACCCCUUGAAUAUGAAUCCUUCGUUUUCAACUUG